UACAUUUUCGAGGGAAAAUAUAGGAACUAAAAUACAUCGUGGAGAGACGACGAACCCCAAAAAAAAACGGACAUGGCGUCUUCAUCUUCCUCAUCGUCUUUCACGCUUCCCUCUCUGUUUUCCAUCGCCGUUCUGAUUCUAACUGCCUCAACCGCGGAAUCACUGAAAUCCCCGUUUCACCCUCGCGACCUCCUUCCACUUCUUCCCAAGCAAGUCUCGUGGCCGAUUCUCAAUUCCCUCUACGGCGCCGCCGAUCUGCUCCCCACUUUUAUCGGUACAGCGAGCCCUGGGAACGAUGACGUCAAGUGGAAAGGCGCUUGUUUCUACGAGAACACGGCUUAUUUGGAGUUUCAUAACAAGUCUGGCAGCGAGUUUGGUGGAGGCACGCUUCACAUUCAGGCGGAUAAAGCGCAUAGUUGGACUUGCAUGGAUCUCUAUGUCUUUGCAACUCCAUACCGCGUGACAUGGACUUGGUACUUCAUCUCACGGGCGCACACUGUGGAGUUCCCGGAGUGGGAUGGAUUAGCCGAGUAUGAAUAUGUUAAGAACAAGGGAGUUUCGAUAUUCCUUAUGCACGCGGGGAUGUUAGGAACACUUCAAGCGUUAUGGGAUGUUUUCCCUCUCUUUACCAAUACCGGUUGGGGGGAGAGCUCUAACCUCGCGUUUCUUGAGAAGCACAUGGGAGCUAAGUUCGACACUCGUCCUGAACCGUGGGUCACAAACGUUACAACUGAUCAAAUCCAGUCUGGUGAUCUGCUAGCUAUCUCGAAGAUCCGUGGACGGUGGGGUGGGUUCGAGACUCUUGAGAAGUGGGUGAGCGGGGCGUACGCUGGUCAUUCCGCUGUCUGCUUGAGAGACUCCGAAGGGAAACUGUGGGUUGGUGAGUCUGGGAAUGAAAACGAGAAGGGAGAAGAUGUAAUAGCGAUCUUACCAUGGGAGGAAUGGUGGGAAUUCGAACUAACAAAGGAUGACGCGAAUCCUCAGAUCGCAUUGCUACCUUUGCAUCCCGAUGUUCGUGCUAAGUUCAACGUUACUGCUGCGUGGGAGUAUGCUCGAAGCAUGGAGGGUAAACCGUAUGGUUAUCAUAACUUGAUUUUUAGCUGGAUCGAUACUGUUAGUGAGAACUACCCGCCUCCUCUCGAUUCUCAUCUUGUUGCGUCUUUCAUGACUGUUUGGAGCAAAAUGCAGCCUGAUUAUGCUGCUAAUAUGUGGAAUGAAGCUUUGAACAAGCGUCUCGGAACAAAGGGUCUUGAUCUUUCUGAUGUACUGGUCGAAGUAGAGAAGCGCGGGUCUUCUUUUGACAAAUUACUGGCAAUACCCGAACAAGACGAUUGGAUAUACAGCGAUGGUAAAUCAACCUCAUGCAUUGCUUUCAUCCUCGAAAUGUACAAAGAAGGUGGCCUAUUCGGCUCAUUGGCUGAUUCUAUUCAAGUCACAGAGUUCACGCUCAAAGAUGCUUACAUGCUCAACUUAUUCGAGACAAACGCAAGUAGACUUCCUAAAUGGUGCAAUGACAAUGACAAUGUGAAGCUUCCUUACUGUCAGAUACUCGGCAAGUACAGAAUGCAACUUCCUGGUUACAACACUAUGGAACCAUACACCCAUAUGAAUGAGCAAUGUCCAUCUCUGCCUCCAAAGUACAACAGACCAAACAACUGCUAGAAACCAAUUGGAACUCUCAACUGUUUGUCUGUUUGUUAGGACACAAGUUUAAUGUAAUACCAACGGUGAAAGCUCUUAACAACUGUUUGUAAAUAUAUAACUCAGGUCUGUAGCAUACUCUGAUACUACAGGUUAUGUAAUUGUUUGAAUUAUUAUGAGACGCAAAAAGUAGGAAUUAAAAGAUUGAUCUCUUGGACAUA